CGGCUCGGCACGGCUCGGCAUGGGGGGCCCGCGGCGCCUGCUGCUCAUCUCCAACUCCACCCUGCACGGAGGGGGGUACCUGGGCCACUGCCAGCAGCACAUCCAGAGCUUCCUCGGGCAGAACGUGAAGCGGGUGCUGUUCAUCCCCUACGCCCUGCACGACCGCGACGCCUACGCCCGCACGGCCAGGGAGAAGUUUGAAAGCCUGGGUUAUGGGCUGGACAGCAUUCAUGAAUCUUGUGAUCCAGUGGAAGCUGUAAGGAAAUCUGAAGCAAUAUUUAUUGGAGGUGGGAACACAUUCCGUCUCUUGAAAGCUCUUUAUGACAACAGUCUGAUACAUGAGAUCAGGAAGAGAGUGCUUGAGGAUGGGAUUCCUUACAUGGGAUCCAGUGCAGGAACCAACGUUGCUACCAUCAGCAUCAAUACCACCAAUGAUAUGCCAAUUGUUUAUCCACCUUCCCUGAAGGCUCUAGGAUUAGUUCCUUUUAAUAUUAACCCCCACUACCUGGACCCAGACAUUAAAAGAACUCACAUGGGUGAGACAAGAGAGGAAAGAAUCCGCCAGUACCAUGAAGAACCAAACACCCCUCCAGUUCUGGGCUUGCGGGAAGGUACGAUGCUGUUAGUGGAAGGAGAUAAAGCCACGCUGCAAGGAGUGACAGGAGCACGUCUGUUUUUGAGGGGUAAGAAACCAACUGAACACGAGCCUGGAACAGAUUUCAGUUUCCUCUUGACUGACAGCAAUCCUCUGAAUCCGUAGCCUUCCAUAUUCUGCAGGAAAAAUUAUUGUAUGGGGAAGACAAUGAGGAAGAAGGAAAGAGAUGCUUAUAGUCCCAGGGUGGGUGGGGAA